GGGUCCUGAUCAGCACGUUGCAGUCGCGUAGCGGCAUGGCAUGGUAGCACGCCGUCGCCAUCGUCGGACGUGUGGCCGUGUGGGCGGAGGUGCCAAGGCGGAAUCUUUUUGGGUGCCGUAUAGAAACGGGGAGAGCGACGCGGAUGGCUGUGGGGGCAAUUGGCUCGAUGGGAAAGAGGGUAGCUGUUGUGGUGGGAGGGAGCGUGGCUGGACUAGCGUGCGCUCAUGCCGUGGCUGGCGCGGGAUGGGAGCUGGUUGUGCUGGAGAAGGCGGCGGCGCCGGCAGCCGGGAGCGGCACGGGCGCCGGACUGGGCCUCGACGCGCAGUCUAUGGAGAUCCUCUCACGCUGGAUCCCGGGGUGGGGAAUCGACGCGGCCACGCUGCCGCUCGCCGUCGAUCUGAACAGAGCAACGGACAGCGAGACGAAGGCGGCGCGGACGCUGGCGAGGGACGAGGACUUCCAUUUCCGCGCGGCGCACUGGGGCGACCUGCACCGGCGGCUGCACGAGGAGCUGCCGCCCGCGGUGACCGUGCUGUGGGGCCACCAGUUCCUGUCGUUCGAGGCGCCGGACGACACGCGCGGGGUCGUCGCGACGGCCCGCGUGCUGCGAACGGGAGAGACGGUUGAGGUCACGGGGGACCUGCUCAUCGCCGCCGACGGCUCCACGUCGUCCGUCCGUCGCAGCUUCUUGCCAGACCUCAAGCUCAGGUACUCCGGUUACUGCGCAUGGCGAGGCGUGUUUGAUUUCAGCGGGAAGGAGAGCUCGGACACCAUGACCGGCAUCCGAAGAUCCUACCCGGAGCUCGGCAACUGCCUCUACUUCGAUCUUGCUCCCAAGACCCACGCCGUGCUCUACGAGCUGCCCAGGAGCAGGCUCAACUGGCUCUGGUACAUCAACGGCCCAGAACCGGAGCUCACGGGGAGCUCGGUGACCAUGGAGGCGACGGACGCCAUGGUGACGCGGAUGCGGGACGAGGCGGAGCGCGUGUGGUGCCCCGAGCUGGCGCGCCUGAUCAGGGAGACCGCGGCGCCGUUCGUGAACGUGAUCUACGACGCCGACCCGCUGCCGCGGCUGUCGUGGGCGGCCGGCCGCGUGGUGCUGGUCGGCGACGCGGCGCACCCGACCACUCCGCACGGGCUGCGGAGCACCAACAUGUCGGUCGCCGACGCGUGCACGCUCGGGCAGUGCUUGGCGAAGUGGAGCUCGGAGUCGGAGCCGACGACGCAUGCGCGCGCGCUGGCAGAGUACGAGGCCGUGCGGCUGCCCGUUGUGGCGGAGCAAGUGCUCCACGCGCGCCGGCUCGGGCGGCUCAAGCAGGGCCUGCCGGUGGACUGUGAGGCGGAGGACGGGUUUGACGUGACAACGGCGAAGGCAGAGGUGCUGCAGCUACGGCAGAGGACAAUGCCGUUCUUCGAUGGGGCACCUGCUGCAGUUGACGGUUGUUCGGUACAAGAUUAUAUCCCUAGUUCGGGGUGAAAUGUUCCCGUUAGUUUCAGGCCCUGUUUAGAUUGGAGAUGAAAAUUUUUUGGAUGUCACAUCGGAUAUGUCGGAAGGAUGUCGGAAAGGGAUUUUUAGAAACUAAUAAAAAAA